AUGGCAAUUAACAUCGACUCUUUUGAACAACUUACGACCCGAAUCGGACGUCUGCGGAUGAGAAGAUGUGCCCCAACACCAGCUUUGACUAUCUUCGUCGUUUACGCUCCAACAUCAAGCUACGAAGAAGAAGAAGUCGAAGCUUUCUAUAUGGACCUGGAGAAGUUCUACCGAGAAGAUCAUGCCUUCUACAAGGUCAUAAUUGGCGAUUUUAACGCCAAAGUUGGCCCAAAAAGAACGCGGAGGAACUUCACAUCGGGAUCCACGACCUACAAUGGAAUGACCAGGGGGAGAGGCUCUCCGAGUUCAUCAUAA